GGUGCAAAUCGCUCCAUUCGGCUUCCACCUGCUAUAAAAGCCCUGCCAUUUACAUAGAAUUAGUUAGAACGCUUUCGACAGUGUAAACAAUCAAUCUACCAAAAUGAAAUUCUUCAUUGUUUUCUUCGCCUUGAUCGCUGUGGUCUUUGCCGCUGGCUAUGGACAACAGGGUGGACACGGCCAGGGUGGACGUGGUCAGCAAGGAUUCGGACAAGGUGGAAAUGGCCAACAAGGAUUCGGACAGGGUGGACACGGCCAGCAAGGAUUCGGACAGGGUGGACACGGCCAGCAAGGAUUCGGCGGACAAGGAGGACAUGGCCAGCAAGGAUUCGGACACGGUGGACGUUACUAAAAUACAGCCUUAAUAAAAUAAUAUUUUCCAAAUUUAAAAACCCUUAAAUUAGUUAAGUUUUUAAUGUCGCAACACAAAAUGUACAGAAAUUACUAUUUACAAUAGCUAAAAAGCCGAUGUAUUUUCUUCUUUCACGUAAAUUCUUGUAAGUUUAGUAAAGCAACAGUUAGAGUUGUUAAAAUUUUACACAAGCAGCGGAGUUUUUCGUUUCCUAUUAUAUUAUAUUAUUAUAUUAUAAUAUAUUAUAUUAUUGUAUUUGUU